AUGCACGUCAUAGUGGUUGGUGCAGGCUUUGGUGGACUGGCCUGUGCAGUUACCUGUGCCCAGCAAGGGUUAAAGGUCACUUUGCUCGACCAAGUACCGGAGUUCCUACCAGUGGGGGAAUUGAUUGGCCUCGGCUCAAAUGUGGCCCAGAUCUUCAAGCUCUGGGGCAUUUUACCUGCCAUGAAGGCAAUCCGCCAGGAUGCACCGUUUAUGACAUUGCACAACUACGAUGGGAAAGUCCUCGCGGUGGACAACACCCUUGGCGAGGCGGAAGAAAAAUUCGGUGCGCCCAACCUCAGCGUGUUUCGAGGGGAAAUGCACGCCAUUCUUGUGGAAUACGGUAAAAGCUUGGGUAUCAUAUUCAGGAACGGCUGUAAAGUUGUUGAUUAUGAUGCUAAUAAGCCAAGUGUUAUCCUGGCUUCCGGGGAGGAGGUUGAGGGCGACGCCGUCAUUGCAUCGGAUGGAAUCAAAAGUAUCGCCCGGGGCAAGGUGUUAGGGGAUUAUGAAGAGCCCCUUGAUACUGGAUAUACUGCACUCCGAGCAUAUGGUGAUGCAAGUUUGAUAGCCGCUGAUCCAAUCGCGAAACAUCUUGUCGAAAACGGAGACUCUGUGUCUUUAUGGGUUGGCCCUGAUCUUCAUGGCAUUGCUCUUGCACUCCGCGGUGGCAAGGAGCUGUUCACGACUAUAACCUACAAGCGGACGCCAGGUCAGCCCGAGAUAGAAAGCUCGGCGCAGGUUUUGGAGCUUAUCAAAGACUGGGAUGUGGUCUUCAAGCGAACGUGGGAGCUCUUGCCUGACGAGCUCAAUAUUUGGCCCCUGGUCUACCGGAAUUGCUCUGAAAAAUGGGUAUCGGAUUCGGGCCUGAUUGCUUUGAUCGGAGACGCUGUACAUCCUUUCCUGCCUUCUUCGAUGCAGGGCGCCGGCCAGGCAAUGGAGGAUGGUGCAGUACUCGGUCUUUGUCUUGCUAAGGCUGGUAAGGGGUCUGUGCCUCUGGCAUUGAACACAUUCUUCCGACUCAGACACGAUCAUGUUGUGGAAGUUCAAGAAAUGGGUAUCGAGCAACGGGAAUACUGGCAUAAUAACCACGACGAGUCGGGAGAAAUGGUCAAAAAACCCGAUGAUACUCAUGGUGCUGUGAAAACCCAGAAGUUCUGGUCGUACGAUUGUGUGAAGGUUGUUGAGGAAAGCUGGGAGACUGUCUCAGCCCAAGUGGCUGCAGAAUUGGGGCUCUAA